AGUCGGAAAUUGCUUAUUUUUGGUGGCUGUUAUUCUACUUUAAGUAAACUUCUGGAAUGAGCGACCUCGUUGAUCCACUACUUAAAAAAGUUAGAACCAGGAUCGUUCUUAAAGAAGACGAAGUAAAGUUUACGAGUAGCAGCGAUUUUCCUAGGAGUAUAGACGGUAUAGAUGAUUCUUGGAAUUUAUUUAAUUUUAAAAAGAAUUUACGAGUGGCAAUUGGCCGUUUGGACCGGCUGGAUAUGGAAUUUGAUCUUGUCGGUGUUGACGCUGCAAUUGCUAAUGCUUUUCGUCGCAUCUGUUUAGUUGAAAUGCCAACCAUGGCUAUUGAAAAAGUUUGGAUCUUCAAUAACACUUCUGUAAUGCCCGAUGAAGUUCUUUGCCAUCGUUUAGGGCUCGUCCCUAUUGACGCAGAUCCCUUCGAGUUUAAUUAUUUUGAUGAAAAUGCUCCAGAGGAAGUACGUUACACGGAUGCCAAUACUAUUAUUUUUAAUUUAUCUGUGAAGUGCGAUCCGCUAACCAAAAAGCAAAAGAAAGAACGUUCGCUUACUGGAAACUUAAAGACUAUUGAUGUAACAACCAAAGAUUUGAAAUGGUCGCCGGCGGGAACACAGCUGGAAGAUUUAGCAAGCAGACCUCCACGCCCCCUCCACGACGACAUUGUGCUUCUGAAAUUAGCUCCCAACCAGGAGAUCGACGUCCAGAUGUUCUGCUUGAAGGGCAUCGGGAAGACCCACGCUAAGUGGUCCCCUGUGGCCACGUGCUCUUAUAGACUCCUCCCGGAGAUUAUUAUAAAAGAGCCCAUUUACGGCCAAGAUGCUUAUGAUUUUCAAAAAUGUUUUUCGGAGGGAGUCAUUGACGUUAUAAAAAACAAAAGGGGGAUUCCCGAAGCAGUUGUAAAAAAUCCGAGGAUGGACACCUUAAGCCGAGAAGUUUUUAGACAUCCAAAAUACGCCAAAAAGGUGGAACUCUCACGAAUUCGCGAUCACUUUAUUUAUUUUAUUGAAUCCACGGGGGCUUUACCUCCUCAUACCAUCUUUAGCAGUGCCAUCGAAGUUCUCUCAAACAAGUGCGACGUUUUUCUUGAAGCUCUUAAUAACCUUUCAACUUGAAGUUUCUGCGGCUUACUUAUUACUACUAAACACAAAAAUUCU